AAAACGGCUGGUCACGGCACGUUCUCACCACUGCGUGAACGGAUCCGACGGCAACAUGAACACGAAACUGGUUGUGCUGAGCGUGCUGCUGGCGGUGACCGUCGCCAUGCCGCGGUACGUGCUGGUACCGCUGGAGCAGCUGCAGCGGCUGGAGCCGGCGCCCCACGUGCGGGUGGCCCGCCAGGCAGUGCUGCCGGACGCUGAGAGCGAGCAGCUGGUGGCUGCCUCCGAUGACAGGUUCGUGCGCCAGUCGGAGCCCAGCUACGGCGGCCCCGACCAGGUCGACUACGGCGCGUACACGGGUGGCCAGGGCGCCUUCGGCUGGUACGCCGGGUACCCGGUCGGCGGCCGGCGCUAGAGCCCUUCCCCGUCCUCCACCUCCGACCACCAGCCCACCGCGUCGGCCUGACGGCGGGGCUGGGGCUGGGGCCGCGGCCGCGCGCCCCACCGCAGGGACGCGCGGCGCAGACCCGUGUCCGGCUCGCCCCGGACCUCAGCAGCGACGUUUGAGCGCCAACGCCGGGGCCGCCGGCCGCUCCGGCAGAACACGCGCAGCCCUGGCCGGGCCCCCGGCCGGCGGCCUGUGCCAGCGACGUCGUGUCCGACCUACCAUGUCUUUCAAUGCUUGUUAUUGCCGUGAAUGCAUCUUGUUUCCGCCCGAUUGUGAUUUCAAUCGCGAGAGGUGGCUUCUGACCGUCGCGCACAACAGGCGCCUUUAGAGCGCUCGGUUGUACCUUUCUGUUACGCAUAGAUGAGUACAUCACGGUGAUUCGUGGAGGCGCAUUCAAUGACACCAGAUAUGUCGGUAUCGCCAUGGGUCGCAACAGUCACCCAAUAUAUGGUCACACGACUACUGCCCGAG